AGUGCUUACGGAGAAGAGCGAUGAUUACUACCAAAAACAGCUUGGUUUGAGUGGAAUACAAUCGUCCUUCGAUGGAGAUUCACUGCCAGACUACAGCGAGUUCGAUUCGGAGUCUGUGACGCUUGACUACUUUAAGGAGAGAAGCUGCUAGAACCGGAAACAGGUGUGUUUGGAGUGGAGUGGAGUGGCAACGGCGACAGGCAAGGUGCAGCAAAAUAUAGCGGCGAACACCUAUUGGAUGCAGCUGGUUUGUGUCGUACCGCAAACGACGGUCGUACGACGCGGAGGACCCAGAAAAAAGCGAAAAGUGAAAAUUUGCUGCUUGCACUAAUCCGACAGCAGAGUGCGCUUCUAAUUGAUUGUGGUGCGCUGGAAGAAACGACGCAAAAACAAACACACACAUACAUAUACGCAAACAUAUUUCGCACAAAAAUAGCAGAAGUUCCGCUAUGCAGAUUUAAGUCCAAUGAAGAACAAACAGCACAACAAAUAGCAGACAAAUAGCGAUAAGACGCUGCAACCGGGGUUCGCAGUGAGAGAGAGAGGCAGGCAAGUGAUACGAUUUUGGUUUGGACAGUUUUGUGUGCCCUGUGUGCCCGCGUGUGUGUGAGUGUGGGCGGAAUCCGGUUCGAUUCCGUGCAUAAUUGGUCAGCAGCUUCGUGAGCUAUCAGCAACUAGAGUGACCAGCGGAACAGCGAUAGACGGAGGAGGGUAGGCUAACAACGUGUGUUUACUCGAGAGGAAGAAUAAAGAAGACUGAUAACACCACAUUUGACCCGGGAUCGGGAACGGCAGGUCCUGCAGCAAAUCGAUCUACGAAGCAACCGUUCGUAGACUAGGCAAGAGCAGUACCAAACGAGGUCCCUCCCCUGAUAAGAUGGCUCCAACGACGACGAUCGAAACUGUUACCAUCACCAGGCCACUGAAGGUAAUUGCCUUCAUCUGUGGAGUGAUAGUGAUCAUCCUUAUGAUCCUCGCACUUACCUCGACCGAUUGGCUAAUGGCGGAAAACUGGCGCCAGGGACUGUUCGUACACUGCAUCGAGGAGGAUUACGAUCCACCACUGCCGUUCAAUCUUCAGGACCCGCCCGGCUGCUAUUCCAGCCGUGACGUUACUUACAUCAAAGCCACAGCAGCUCUCUGUAUCAUCACACUUAUUACGGACGCUCUAGCGACGCUCAGCACCGGACUGGGACUACGAACGCAGGACCACAAUCACAAGUACAUGUACUACCGCAUCGCUGUGCUGAUCAUGAUGGUAGCCUUGAUCUCUCUACUAGUGGCCCUAAUUCUCUAUCCGGUAUGUUUCGCGGCCGAACUGAAUUUAGGAAACCGUCCGGUGUGGGAAUUCGGCUGGGCGUACGGAGUAGGCUGGGGCGCGGCCAUCUUCCUGUUCGGUGCCGUCGUGCUGCUCCUGUGCGACAAAGAGUCCGAAGAAAUCUACUACAAGGAAAGGAAAAUAGUACACGACGCCUCGAUGCGAGACUAGGCCCGGCCGCACGCCCUGCCCGAUGUUGUACUCUAGGCUUUUUAAAUGAAAUCGAGAAAAAAUAAUUGUCGUUCACAAUCCUCUCAAAGAAAAGGUGUUAUAGAGAUGAUGUACCAAAAUGAAACCGUGAAACAAAAAGGAAAAACUAAACUACUUAGAGAACAAAAACACGCAAAAAGUGAAAAAUACCUAAAAUAUAUUAAAUGUGUUCUAAAAACCGAAUGAAUGUUGAUUGCUAUAUCGUUGGAGCGUUGUCGAUUUUUGGCACUCGAUCGAUAAGCGAUAAAUUUUCGUUUUCGAACUAGUUAUACCAGCCACCAAAAGGUUAUGUUUCGUAUUUUGUUUUUAAUUCGCGCGCGCAUUGUUGAUAGCAAACAACCAAACGAACGGGAAACAGAACUGAUCAGCCAUGUGUAGAACAGAUUUUAGCCACACCAAUCAAAAAAGGAAUAGAGAAGAAGAAAAAAAACUAAAUUAUAUGCUUUGAUUCGGUUCCUUAUCAGUCGUUGCGUUCUUUAGGUUUAGACACUUUUCAGAGUUUUCAGAGACAAUUUUUGGAGAUCAAAAUCAACCCCUGGAUCACUAGCAAGAACCCACAACGCAGGAAGCAGAAGCAGUAGCGGAAACAGAGACCAGCAGCACGGAGAUUGAACGCGAUUUUUUGAGAAGCAAUUAGAAGAGCCGGGAAACAGCAAGAAAGUCACGCAACCAAACAAAAUCUAGCGAUUAGAAGGGAAAGAUCUGAAUAGGUUUAGGAAGGAACAACAACAACACCAGCAGGAUCUGAAUCGGCGUGACAUGGGCAAGGGUAUGGCCCUGUAAAAGCAAGGCUAACCUAGUAUAUACACAAGUGAAACGUAUUUAUUGGAUAAACACACACAAGAACAAGUUAGGGAAAAUGACUCUAUUUAUACAACCAAAUUUUCCACAGAAGGUAAUUACAGCGAUUAUCCGCAGAAUAAGCGAAGCGGACAGAAUGGAACAAGAACACAACAAGUGAAUCUCGAAAAGAGGAAAAAAAAUCAUUAACGGAGAAAACUAUAACAAACUACUUCUACUACAAUUAUUACUAUUGUAAGAUAUUUACUCUAUGAAUUUCGUUCCAAGGGACUUUGUUUUGUGUUACCAUAUUUUGGAAAUUAUAUUCCGAACAAACGCAAGUCGGAGAAAAUGUGGUCUUUCUUAUACAAGCGAAUAGUAUCGGGAAAACAAAAUUCUAUUCUAAUCGAUGAGCACAACUUGUAUAAACACGUCACUUUCCCCAUUACGAGAACUAGAAGCUACAAUACGCUAAACGACCAGACACAGAAAAAAAACUUAGCAACUGAGCAAACAACGCUCCAUAUCAGGCUGCAGAAAAAGAAAACACUCUCUAGUUGGACAUUUGCUAAUGCGCAAGUGGUGCGAAUUCUCAACCGCAAACGCAAAUGCACUUUGCCAAAAAAACAUUUUUAACACGUCUGGGUGACAAUCGCACAAGUGCGUGGAUUUGAAGUGAAGAAAAAAUCCAAAAAAUUGCAGUAAGAAAAUCAUAUCCACUUUUUUACAAAGUAGACCAAACUCUUCCGGAAUCAAUCGCCGAACGGUAGUGCGCAACAAUAUUUCCUGACUUGUAAACUUUUGUACUGGAAUGAACAUAUAAGAAGAAGGAAAAAACACAAGAAACAAACCCUCUCCUGUGAACCAAUAGUGAAUCAAACAAACACAUCAAUAGUGACACACACACAUACAGAUGAAGAAAAAAAACGAAAGCAACUCAAUGGGAAAAAUGUGUGGAGAAUUCAUUUAUUCAAUCUCAUUUCUAGUUCUUAACAAUUUUCUAGGUAUAACUGUAUCCUUCUUAUAUUGCCAUAUAUUCUAGCUAAAGAAUCCUUUCCUAAAGUUUCCUUUCUUCUUCGUUUCAAACCUAUUUGUUAGAAACAAACGAAAAAUACACUCACACACGUACAUAUACUCACAUGAACAUGGCAUUUUUUUAACGAAAAAAGAAUAAAGAGUAGAAAAAACAGGAUAAACCGAUGAAGCAGAUCAAUUGGAACACACACAGAACUUGUCAAUUGUGUACAUAGUUAUCGCUACACUGAAUUAUAUGUAAUUAUUAUGAAUUAGCCUCUGAAUAAAAAAAAAGUUUUUAGCUACAUCCCUUACCCGAACCACAAUCGUGUGCAACUUUGAGUUUUAUUAUGAAUUUUAUUAUUUCUUGCGAAUGCGCGUACGCGAAACAAAUCAAAAUUAUUGUAAAAUAUUGGUCCAUUGAUUUUAUUUAUCUACACACGCGCAAACAUAUUCACAUAACAAGACUUGACGAGGGAUUUUCUUUCGUUCGAUGCAGGGAUGCCAAGUGAUUUUUUCAAAUGUCUUCACAUAGUACGAAGAAAUGUCUUCAAAUGUCUUCACCAUCUCAUCGGAGGAAACUAAAAUUCAUAACUUACUUUUGAACAAAGCUUGGUGGCUUAUUCAAUGUUUAUAUUAGUUGGUAUUGUUAUAUAGCGCAUUUCAUUAAACUUACCUUCAGGUUUUGAAAUUUAUUCCAAAAAAUGUGUUCAAAGAAUAUAUUGCGCAACUGUGAACUACAUUUUAUGAGUUUAGAAAUGAGAAUUGACUUGAUAAACCGUUGAUUGAUCGAUUAUAACCCCAGUUCUUCCACAAAAACGAAAUUGUGAUAACCAUUUUCUUUAUUUCAGCUUUGAAGUUUCGGUUGUAACUCAAACAAUAUCUAUAUAACCAAUUAUUAAAACAGUACGUGACCAGAAAACCUUCGAUUUGUGAAGUGGUCGUUUGAACGAUUUAAGUUAUUCUGUUGUUUAGUAUAGGGCGAAAAUAAUAUAAAUACAAUGUCACGAUCAUUCGAAUUCUCGAGGACAAAUGAACUGAAGUCUUCUAGAGACAAUAUAUAUUCAGACCACUUGAAGUUCUCCAGAAUUUGAAGUGAAAAAUGCUUUGUUGUUGAAUUCAUUCUCCACGCUAGUAGAUUUUCUGCUUGGAAUAGUUUAAAAAAACUAGAAGUGGGUUAUAUCUUUGAUAUAACCGCAAGGUGGACGUAGGACUAACGUUGACUUAUCAAUCAAUAAGUAACAAGCAUAUAAAUGUUAGACGAUUCACCUUUCGAAUAAAGUGAUUAUCAUACCACUUCGUUUAACCGGUAAAGAAUUAUUAACGUUCGAAGGGGGAAUCGAAAUACCUCCUCGGAAAUACCCAGCGCAAAUAGUACCCACUCCCCAAGCCUCGACAAUUGGAAUCAUCGUUGAUCCGGAGCAGGAUUAUUAACGCUUGAGAAGGAACGGAUUCCUCCUCGGAAUUACACAGCGAUAAUAAGACCCCCUUCCCAACAAUUCCAACUUCCCAAUAACGACGAUCGAUUGCAGCAUUCGUAAACAAAUAAUUUUAGAACGCUGCUUUUACAAAUGUGAUUUCUUCGAUAUGUGAUAUAAUAUCCACUCGGAUAUGAUCGGAUACAUCGUAUCAUACCAUAUCAAAUCCAUAGUCAAUCCGAGUACAAUAGUAUUCGCAGCUUGCAUCUAAUUUGCUACGCCAAUUUCCCCAGGCUUCAUGAUUUUGAAGUCUGUGUUAAGGAAACAUUCCAAUUUGCAGAAACGCAAACGAAUACAAGAGUAUCCGCUGCUUGCAUCUAAUUUGCUAUGCCAAUUUCCCCUGGCUCCAUGGUUUUGAAGUCUGUGUUAGGGAAACAUUCCAAUUUCCAGAUACGCAAGCGAGUACAAAAGUAGCCACUGCUUACAUCUAUUUUUCAAUGCCGAUUUCCCCUGGCUACAUGGUUUUGAAGUCUGUCUUAGGGAAACAUCCAUCCACUCCAGCGAUCGUACCUAUAUCGUUGCGCAAUUAUAACUGAGCGGAUUUCCGAGCGGCACUCGCUUAUAUACUGAUUGGUGUGAAUUCGAUAGCCUGUUUUUAAAGCAAUUUUAGGGUAAUUGAAACAAUUUUUUGGAUCAAAAAUCACAGGAGGGUUGUGUCCCAGACACGACCGCAUAGUUGACGUAGGAUUCCGUUAGGCUGUCUGUUGAUUUUGGAUAUGUUUGAAGAAUUACAUCGUUAACCUCUUUUAUAAUGAUUUGGUUGCCCUGAAAAGGGACGUUUCGUUUGGUUGUUGAGUUGUUUGUUCACUCCACCAGUGGUUACCGAGUGAUGAUGACAGAAAGAUGGCAAACAGUCGUUGGAUGGUGCGUGUCAGAUGAAAGACACCGAAGUGGAAU